CAUCCACUCUGCCUCCCUCCAUCCACUCCUCUCUGCCUCCAGCAUCUCUCCUCCUCCCAGGCUCCGGACACAAUGGCCAUCCUCAUCCUCACUCUGUGGCUCCUGGCGGGGAGUCUUUGCGCGGAGGCGACCUACUACCGCCACCACCGGUACGUCCCCCACUACCGCUACCGGGAGCAGCCGGCCAACACCGACAACCUCCUGCCGGACGCCCCCAACCCGGUGCCGGAGGUCGCGCAGCCCGAGGUGCCCGAGGUGUUCCACCCGGCCCCUGCCAUCGUCGACCAGAUCCCAGAGGCUUUCCACCCGGUGCCCGAGGUGGUGCACCCCGCACCCGAAACCUUCCACCGCUUCCAGGUGCGCCACCUCCCCGACGAGCCCCUCUCCUCCACCCCGCGAGUUUUCUACGGCGUGAUGUUUGACGCGGGCAGCACCGGGACCAGGAUCCACAUCUACAAGUUCAUCCAGAAGGACCCAGUUGAGCUGCCAGUUCUGGACAAUGAAAUGUUCCACGCUGUGAAACCUGGACUGUCUGAAUACAAGGACAACCCCGAGGAGGGUGGGAACACCAUCCGCCAGUUGCUGAAGAUUGCCAAGAAGACUGUGCCAGAGGAGGAGUGGAAAAGGACACCGGUUGUCCUGAAGGCCACAGCGGGUCUGCGUCUGCUGCCCAUAGAAAAGGCCAAUGCCCUGUUGGACGAGGUACGAGAGGCGUUUGAAGAAUCGCCUUUCUUUGUGCCAGAAAACUGUGUUUCCAUCAUGAAUGGAGCAAACGAAGGAGUCCUCGCCUGGGUCACGGUGAACUUCCUCACAGGCCAUUUGUACUCCAACACAAGAAGAACUGUGGGGAUUUUGGAUUUGGGCGGAGGAUCUACACAGAUCACAUUCCUUCCAAAAUCAAAGAAAACCAUCGAUACCGCUCCCUCCUCUUACACUGCCAGAUUCAACCUGUUCAACAACACAUACGAACUCUACACACACAGCUACCUUGGAAAUGGCAUCGUCGCAGCCCGCCUGGCUACCCUUGGAGCUCUGGGAGCUGAUGGCCUGGAUUGGAAAAUCUUCACAAGUUCCUGCCUCCCGAAAAAAUUCAGAGAAGAAGUGACUUUUGGAGGAAGCACCUAUAAAGUUAGCGGGAUUCCAGGCGGAUACGCAGGGUACAAAUUGUGCUACUACGAGGUCCAGAGGGUCAUCAAAGGUUUAUUCCACCAGCCGUACGAAGUGAAGGGCAGCAGCGUCUUCUAUGCUUUCUCCCAUUACUACGACCGAGCCGUGGAUACCGGCCUCAUCAGCAGCCGAGGUGGUGCGGUCGAAGUCAGGGACUUUAAGAAGAAAGCCAAAGAAGUAUGCAACAAAAUGACCAAAUACGGUGCCAUCAGCCCCUUCCUCUGCAUGGACAUGACAUACAUCACUUGCCUGCUAAAAGAGGGCUUUGGCUUCAAGGAGAACACCGUGCUGCAACUGGCCAAGAAGGUGAACAACGUGGAGACGAGCUGGGCCCUCGGCGCAACCUUCGACUUCUUCAGAAACUUCAACAUCCACUAAGAACAGCUGGAAGUCGUUGCAGCUGGCACUGAGAGGGACAGUCCGUCACUGUGGGGCCUCCUUCCCUCCGUUCCCCCCCCCCUCAGUCAAUCCACUCCCAUCUCGAUUCCUCACCCACCACGCCCCUCGUUUCUCCUCAAAUCUCCUCAGCACCCUGCACACUCCCAAGAACUCUUAUAAAAAAAAAAAGAGAAAGAAAUCACUAUAUUUUUAUAAGGCCGUUUUUUUUCUACUGUAUUUUGAGCU